AUCGAUUUCCACCCACUCCUGACUUCUUCAGCAGAGAGUUUGGCGCUCUCUACGACUCUACCCAGCCUGAACACGGCUCAACCAAGAAUAACAGAAAUAGUUUGUCGCUCUCUAUCUAUCCAUGGCUGGAUGCAUCACCACCUCCUUAUUAUCAAUAUCACCCUCUUCUUGCUCUUGCUUCUACCGCAGUUUCAAUCCUCUUAUUGCCUCCAGACGGCGUCAAAAUUCCGUAUUACACUCCCGCCACCGUCUCAGAACCUACAGGUCAUUUGCAACGUUUGCAACCAGCUCCGGUGUCUUCACUUCCCCAGAAGUUGCGAAGUCAUUUGAUUUUAGCAAUGAGGAGCGCAUCUAUAAAUGGUGGGAAUCUCAAGGGUAUUUCAAGCCGAGCUUUGAAAGAGGGAAUGAUCCUUUUGUGAUUUCAAUGCCACCGCCCAAUGUUACUGGUUCAUUGCACAUGGGACAUGCCAUGUUUGUUACUCUAGAGGAUAUCAUGGUAAGAUACAACCGAAUGAAGGGACGACCCACACUUUGGAUUCCCGGGACUGACCAUGCUGGUAUUGCAACUCAGUUAGUUGUGGAAAGAAUGCUGGCUGCAGGAGGAAUAAAAAAGACAGACAUGGACAGAGACGACUUUAUCAAACAUGUAUGGGAGUGGAAAGAGAAGUAUGGUGGAACCAUUACAAAUCAGAUAAAGAGACUUGGUGCUUCUUGUGAUUGGAGCAGAGAAAGAUUUACACUUGAUAAACAGCUGAAUCGAGCUGUAGUGGAGGCCUUUGUGAGGCUUCACGAGAAAGGGCUAAUAUAUCAAGGCUCUUAUAUGGUGAACUGGUCACCAAGUUUACAGACUGCAGUUUCUGACUUGGAAGUAGAGUAUUCCGAAGAACCUGGAACUCUAUAUUACAUCAAAUAUCGUGUUGCUGGAGGGUCUAGGAGUGACUUUUUGACGAUUGCCACCACACGCCCCGAGACAUUAUUUGGUGAUACUGCUGUUGCAGUUAAUCCUGAGGAUGAACGUUAUUCCAAGUAUAUUGGUAUGGAGGCUAUUGUACCUAUGACCUUUGGGCGGCAUAUUCCUAUUAUAUGUGACAAGUAUGUUGACAAAGACUUUGGAACUGGAGUAAUGAAGAUAAGUCCUGGACAUGACCACAAUGAUUACUUACUUGCACGCAAACUGGGUCUUCCUAUACUGAAUGUGAUGAAUAAGGAUGGGACCUUGAAUGAAGUAGCUGGCUUGUAUGAGGGCCUUGACCGCUUUGUGGCACGAAGCAAACUCUGGUCAGAUCUUGAAGAGUCAGGUUUAGCAGUAAAAAAGGAGGUAUACAGUCAGCGAGUUCCUAGAUCUCAGCGCGGUGGCGAAAUUGUAGAGCCUCUAGUAAGCAAGCAAUGGUUUCUGUCAAUGGAGUCUUUGGCCGAGAAGGCCCUUCAGGCAGUUGAAAAAGGAGAUUUGACCAUUAUGCCUGGAAGAUUUGAAAAGAUAUAUAAUCACUGGCUAUCAAAUAUCAAGGAUUGGUGUAUUAGCCGUCAACUAUGGUGGGGACAUCGCAUACCUGUAUGGUAUAUUGCUGGUAAAGACCCUGAAGAAGACUAUGUAGUUGCCAGAACUGCAGAGGAAGCUCUUGCCAAGGCUCAAGAAAAUUAUGGAAAGAAUGUUGAAAUAUAUCAGGAUUCUGAUGUUCUUGAUACCUGGUUUUCAAGCUCGCUCUGGCCCUUCAGCUCUCUUGGUUGGCCUGAUGAAUCAGCUGAGGAUUUCUCGCGUUUCUAUCCAACAUCGAUAAUUGAAACUGGGCACGAUAUAUUGUUCUUUUGGGUUGCACGUAUGGUGAUGAUGGGAAUAGAACUAACAGGAACUGUUCCAUUUACAGAUGUUUAUCUUCAUGGGCUUAUUCGUGACACUCAAGGGCGAAAAAUGUCAAAAACUUUGGGUAAUGUGAUUGAUCCUAUUGACACUAUCAAAGAGUAUGGGACAGAUGCUUUACGCUUCACACUUUCUUUAGGGACUGCUGGUCAGGAUCUUAAUUUAUCUGCAGAAAGGUUGACUUCUAACAAGGCAUUCACCAACAAAUUGUGGAAUGCGGGCAAGUUUAUACUGCAUAAUUUGCCUUGCCAAGAUGAUGAAGCUGCCUGGAAUGUUAUACUGGCCUGCAAGUUCAACGAUAUGGAUUCGAUGCUGAAGCUACCAUUACCAGAAUGCUGGGUGGUUUCAAAACUUCAUGCGCUUAUUGAUGCGGUCUCUUCAAGUUACGAAAAGUUUUUCUUUGGAGACAUCGCUAGGGAAGUGUAUGAUUUCUUCUGGGCUGAAUUUGCUGACUGGUACAUCGAAGCCAGCAAAGCUCGCCUUUACCACUCUGGAGAUGGUUCUAUUUCUUAUGUUGCACAGGCAGUGCUUGUAUAUGUUUUUCAGAAUGUGUUAAAGAUGCUACAUCCUUUUAUGCCAUUCGUUACAGAGGAGCUCUGGCAGGCACUGCCCAGAAGACAGGAAUCUGCUCUUAUUAUUUCGGCAUGGCCUGAAGAUUCACUUCCAAGGAGUGCUAAUUCCAUUAGAAAAUUUGAGAACCUACAGUCUUUGACAAGAGCCAUAAGAAAUGCACGAGCAGAAUACUCUGUUGAGCCAGCAAAGAGCAUAUCUGCUUCUAUUGUUGCAAGUCCAGACAUUAACCAAUACAUAAGUAGUGAAAAGGAAGUUUUAGCUCUUCUUUCUAAAUUAGAUUUGCACAAUAUUCAUUUCAUGGAGUGCCCUCCAGAAGAUGCAAAUAAGUCUGUUCACGUUGUUGCUAGUGAAGGUUUAGAAGCAUAUCUUCCACUAGCAGAUAUGGUGGAUAUCUCCACUGAAGUUCUGCGCCUAUCUAAGCGCCUCACCAAAAUGCAAGCAGAAUAUGAUGCACUCAAGGCUCGUUUGAGUUCAUCAAUGUUUAUGGAGAAAGCGCCGGAGGAAAUUGUGCGUGCUGUACAAGAAAAGGCAGCCGAAGCCGAGGAGAAGUUAAUGCUAACACGAAGCCGCUAUGAUUUCCUUAGAUCAACAGUGGAAAAUUAAUUUUUGACACUACAAUUUACAUAUUUUUUUGUACAAGUCAAUUGUGAUUUUGUGCAAGUAGUACUAUGUAUAUUAUAUUACUAUUAUAUUAGACGAUUUAGUUCCUUUUGCUUUGUGUUUAAUACGAAGUAUAAAAUUUUGAGAUAAACUCCAUUCGAUUAAAUAUAAUUCCAGCCUCAUUUAAUUGUCA